AUGUUUUUACAUGUAUUAACAAUUAUUGCUAUUAUUGGUAACCUUUCUAGUAAAUCGAUUAUUACUAAGAAUAUUUCGGAUUGUAGUAUAACACAAAAUGGUAUUCUUCAUUACUAUGGCAAACAUUCAUUUACAAAAUUUCAAGAUGAAUGCUUACCUUGGAGUGAUAUGAAAAUAGAUUAUCCAGAAGUUAUAAAUAAAGCUAAUUUUUUCAAUGAUGGAUCAAUUAAAGCAGCAAAAAAUUAUUGUCGAAAUCCAAAUAUGAAUGUCAACGGUCCAUGGUGUUUUAUUCAAAAUGAAGAUGCUAUUACCAUGGAACAAUGUGAAGUUUGUCAAAGUCUUGUACUUCGAUCAACAAUACCACCUACUCAUAUAGAAUUUAUUGAUGACGUAACAGUUGCAAAUGUUACUAGGAUUUCUUUUCAAGAUGUAUAUGAUGAACUUACACGAUAUAGUAUUUAUAUUCGAGAAAAAGUGGCGCAAAUCGUUGAACGUUUAAGAGGAAAAUUUCGACAAUUGCAAUCGGGAGCUUUAAAAUAUUAUAAUAUCAAAAUAAAACCAUUUUUUAAAAAAACAUAA